GCGCCGUAGUCAAAGGGUUUAAGCCCAACCGCGUUUCUCUUUUUCACCCUUUAUGCUUUUCUUCUGUAGCAUAAUAUCUCAGCCGUUAGAUUUAAGUCGGUCCUUACUUUUCCAUAUCAACGGUCGAGAUUCAUCAUACACCUUAAACCGGUGCACCCCACUUAUUCUCUCUAUAUAAAGAACACCAUCUCCUAGCUUUUGCUAACAACAACAACAACAACAGAGCAAAAACACUCCCAAACCCUAAAAAACAAAGAAGCUAAAUUCGAAUCUCUCUCUUUCUGAAAAAUGGCUUUCUCGAAAUCUCUAGGGUUUGUUCUUCUCGCUGCUCUUUUGAUUUCUUCUACGGUGGCUCAAUCUCCUGCUCCAGCUCCAUCUAACGUCGGAGGAAGACGGAUCUCACCGGCUCCUUCACCUAAGAAGACGACUUCUCCUGCACCUGCACCUGAAGUUUCUCCUUCUCCUUCUCCGGUAGCCGCAUUGACUCCAGAAUCCUCUGCUUCACCUCCAUCGCCGCCUCUAGCUGAUUCUCCUACCUCUGACUCGCCCGCUUUGUCUCCGUCUGCAAUCUCCGAUUCGCCUACUGAAGCUCCUGGUCCUGCUCAGGGGGCCGCCGUUUCGAACAGUUACGCUGUCUUCGGAUCUGUGGCGGUUAUGUUAACCGCUGCCGUUUUGGUUAUCUAGGUUGUUCCGAUGAAUGAAGCUUCUUUGAUUUGGAGGAUUUUAUUUAUUUAUUUAUUUUAGAUAUAUAUGAGUUUUGUGAGAGAGAUGAUCAUUCCUUAUUUUUCUCUUCUUUUUAUUUCAUCUUAGAAUAUUUUUCUUUCUUUUUCUUCGGCUGAUUCUAUGAGCUUUGUAUCUAUCCGAUAUUUAUAUAUGAUUUAUCAGAUUUUCUAAAUAACUUUCUAUGGAAA